CGAACAAUCCCGUUUCAUUGGCCGCCGACUCAAAUCGUUGUAGAACGGCUUUUUCAAUUUUUAACCGUUCCACGACUCUACUCACAAAUUCAGUAAUUACUAAYUCACCAUUCAUCAAAGUGACACUACUUGACUUAUUAUUAGUUAUUUGUUAAUAGUUAUUACUUGUUAGUCAGUAGUUUAAAGUUUUCAACUUAUUACUCCGSAGUUCGGACUUCCAGUAGAACAAUACGUGACAGUCACUAGUAAUUACUAAGCACUAAACAUUCUUGUCCCUGGUGCUAAGUAGAGUGUGUAAAUAGUGUCAAGUUCACAAGUUASUUAAYUUAAACGUUCAAAACUUCAGAAGACUAGUUGGAAAGAAACRCGGAUAAUCACACGAUUAACACAGUUUGUACUUUUGUCAAGCUUCAAUUUUAUUCUUAAAAUGGCUGUGGUUGAAGAACAACAUACAACUGAAUCUAAAAAUGAGGUUGCUCAACAUAUAGAAAAAACAAUGAAAGAAAUUUAUUCUAAACGUCCUUCAAAUCAUCAGUGGAAAUUAAGCGAUUUUGAAAUUGGAACACCACUUGGUCGUGGCAAAUUUGGUCGUGUAUAUCUUGCUCGGGAGAAAAAUACAGAAUAUAUGGUAGCUUUAAAAAUGAUGUUUAAAUCAGAAUUAGUAAAAGAUCACAUGGAACAUCAAGUGCGACGAGAAAUUGAAAUUCAAACACAUCUUACUCAUCCCAAUAUUCUAAAAUUGCUGACUUAUUUUUGGGAUGAAAAAAAAAUAUAUUUAAUUUUAGAAUUUGCCCAAGAAGGCGAAUUAUUUAAAGUAUUGAACUCACAGCCACAUAAACGUUUCGAUGAACCAACAGCUGCCUAUUAUUUACGACAAGUAGCUGAUGCUUUAAGAUAUUGUCAUUCACAAAGUGUUAUUCAUAGAGAUAUAAAACCAGAAAAUCUCCUAUUAUUUAGUCAUCACGUUAUAAAAUUGGCAGAUUUUGGAUGGUCUGUCCAUGCUCCAUCUAAAUGUCGAAGCACCAUGUGUGGCACUAUUGACUAUUUACCUCCAGAGAUGGUUGACUCUCAAACAUAUAACGAAUAUGUUGAUAAUUGGUGUUUAGGAGUGCUGUGUUAUGAAUUCUUAUGUGGAUCACCACCUUUUGAGAGCUCAGAACAAGCAGAGACAUUUAGAAAAAUUCGUGCUGUAAUGUAUGUUUUCAAACCUUACAUGAGUGAGAGUUCUAGAAAUUUAAUUUCAAAGCUUUUGGUUAAAAUUCCCAAGUCUAGAUUACCACUAACUAAUGUCAUUGAACAUCCUUGGAUAAAAAAAAAUUGUGAAAUAUUUACUAAAACUAAGCUAAAAUUAAAAUAGUUUAAGUGAUAUUAUUUUCUAGCCUAUUAUUUGUUGUACAUAAAAUACCUAUGUAUCAAUAAUGAUAACUUAAAUAUUAACAUCUAUUUCUAUUGUAAAAACUUGAUAUGCUUGCUCAUUAAUUUUUACAGUGUUWUUAUAUGAAUUGUGCUUUUUGAAAGAAUUUCAAAAUUUAAAAUAGAGCUUUUAAUU